ACUCUCUCUUCACCAUGUUUGUCUCUCUGCUGCUGUUCUCGCUCGUGUGCAUCGCCAAGGCCACUCACUUUUAUGGGACGAUGAUGACUUACUACCCAAAAACCACUCACACAAAUGGGUCUGUUGAGGUGGUUCUCCGCUACAAGCUGAACUUCCACUCCUGCACAGAUGCAGACUCCUGGACCUGCUUAUCCGGAGACUGUGGGACUCAGAGCUUGGAGCUGCACAAGGUGGAGGAGAGCAGCGGAGAGUGGUGUCAGAGAGAGGGUGUUAUGACCCGGCAGGUCCCUAGCAACGCUGCUUUUCAGCUGGUGUUAGAUGGUGGUAACUGGAUAAGUGGCAUUUUAAAUGGCAUCAUUAGGUGGAGAGCUGUGACUUUAGUGGAGCUGAGGAAUCGAUCAGACACUGGCCAAGCCAACCGAUCACCCCAGACCACCAUCCUGCCAGCUCUAAGAGUUCCUUCGAACUGUCAGAGAGAUUUCCACCUGUUGGCAUUUGAUCCAGAUGGAGACGUGGUUAAAUGCAGAAAUGGAAUUACAUCUUUAGAGUGCGACCGCUGCACGCCACCGUCUGUUCUUCAGCUCUUGUCUUCCUGCUCCUUGUUGUUUCGCCCCACAAACAGCAGCAAUGAAGGUCCGUACGCGGUCCAGCUGGUGAUGGAGGACUUUCCCAGACAGAAUAUCACACUGACUCAAACCAACGGCAUACAGCAGGUGAAAACUACCAACGACCCAAUCAGCAAAAUACCACUCCAGUUUGUUUUAAGAGUGGAUGAUGCGGUGCCGUCCUGCACUGAGGGACUCUAUCUGCCAAAGUUUCUGCCUCCAACUCCAGCCAACAGAGCUCAGCUGUACGCCUCUGUAAAUCAGACCCUGGACAUCCACAUCAGCGCUGAGGCCAAUAAUUCCAGGAUUUCUGAGCUGCUGUUCAGCGGGCCAUAUAAUGUAAUUAAGAGCAACACAACAACAGGACAAUUCACUCUACAAUGGACACCAUCAGAGAGCGAGGAUGGAGAAAGUCAUCCUAUUUGCUUCGUAGUAGAGUCAGUUUCUGGCUUAGCAAAGUAUCACUCAGAGCUACGGUGUGUCAUUGUUAGUGUUGGAAACCCUGUAGACGUCACUGCAAUGACACCAAAUACAACAAAUGUUCCCUCAACGGCUGCUCUGCCAUCUCAAUCCACAACAGCACAGAAUGCAACGCCAUCAACAGUCUUCACAACACCUGCAACCAUAGACUCAAACUUAAUUGUUGCAGUGCUGAGAGUGAGGAUUUCUUCUUCAUAUCCUCUGUCUGAUGAGGACAUCAGGAAUAUUGUCUCACAGAUUAAAGAUGAACUGGUGCGUCGAGGGCUGCCUUCAGACAUCACUGUACGCUUUGUGAGAAAUUUGAGCCUGGAAUCUUCAACGUCAGCGCCCCCUGCUGGCACAACCUGAUUCAAACUCCUACUGUUCUCUCUCUCACACAGUACCUA